AUGGACGGCAAGUCUGGAGCGAUGAAGGCUCCCUCCAAGACCUCACAGCCCGAUAGAUAUCGAGAUGAGGAGGAUGCCGUCUCGAUGCACACGACUCGGAGCGAUUACGACUAUGAAGAUGCCGCCGAGCUGCCCUCAUACACCGACAGCGUCGUGGCAGACAACACCGUGCAACCCUCUUCCAGCAAUCUCCCACCAGCAGACGAAUACCAAAUCAUCACACCUCCCAAAUCCGCCACUGAUGGCUGGCGUAACCGCAACUCCGCAAACAAGAGCUGUUCUCAAACAGUCAGCAUCGGCUGUGAGACGACGGUCAGGAUGGAUGAGCGUCUAUCGGAUGCUACGCAGCUCUACGAUUAUGUAUUCGACUACCUACGUGUUAUACAGCCUCGGCCUGCUGUUCGUGUGCAGGGCUGGCAUUGGCAGACUCGGAGAAAGAACAACAAGAACGAGCAAGAACGAGUCUAUGACUUUGACGUUGUAUUGUCUCUGCAGCCUUUCCUCCCCAAAGCAUCAAACAGAGACCAAGAGAAUGAUUGGUGGAUACCCAGUACCCCGGAGAAUAGCGAGAAAGUCCAUCGGGGUCGAUGGCGAAAGAGUCGUGCGAAAGGCUAUAGCCGUGAUCUUGAAGUCGGGCCAGAUCGUAAGCCGGAGCUGUUGGACUGGUGUGAGGACUUUUGCACCAACAAGUCUGCAUUGAAAAUCUUUCGUGUGGCUCGUAGCGUGACAGGUCUGGAUACCGAGUAUAUCAAACAGCAGAUUGAACCGCUUGUGAGGCAGACUAACUACCGUGGACACGUUGACAUCACCUUCCCGAUAGCUGACAAGAAUGUCGACAUAUACACGCCUCACUGGGUCAACCAAGCAAGGAUAGGCUGGGUGCGGUGGAUCUUCUACCUCACCUUUCUGUGGAUCUUCACAUGGCCGAUUCUUCUAUUCACCACCAAACGCUGGAGUGUAUACCAAGUCGAAUGGCGGUUCUCCCGAUCAGUGCAGGACGACAAUAACCGACGGAACAAGGUCUAUGCGACCAUCAGCGAGGCAGCAUGGGUUAAGAGGCACGCCAACUUGAUCAAGAGUAUGGUACUGGACAAGUUCCAUGGCGAUGCGACAGAUCUCCCGCUGGACGCUGAUGAGCAGCGUCGAUCAUCUUCGAGAGGCGUGCCGCAGACGGGAAAUGCGAAUGUCGACACUGCUGUGAGCUUUUUGCAAGGAGGCCUCGGCGUGUGGAACUCUCUUAAUGGGCGAGGUGGAGAUGCAUAUGGCUGGGGAGAGGACUCGUAG